CAAACUUCUGAAGAGAAAGAAGUCUGAAACCGGGCUGCAGGGAGUGACUGGAGAAUGGUUUGAAGAAAUACAAAGAAAAAAGUUUCAGAAUUAUGUUGAUGUCAAUAGAAUGCUAAAAACACCAUUAGAGCAUCAGCUAAAGAAGAACAAAACCACCAAUCAUAAAGAAUUGAAAAUGUCAUCCCGCACAAAUCCUCAAGCACAAAAGAAUACUUCAGCAUCCUUUCUGGGGUUCAGAUCACCUUUUGCUUGGCUUUUCUCCUUCAGAAAAUCAAGGAAAAACCAGACUGAGAAGCAACCACGAUAUGACAGUUCUGCUAGCCCAUCUUCGAAAGUGGAAGAAAUGGCAACGGCUGAAAUGUGUAAUUCUGCAAUGUCAGCUGAACCAAGUGGUCAUUCCUUUGAUGCAAACCAAAAUGAAAUGUUAGAGAAAAGUACACAGGAAUGGAAUGAACAACUAGAGAAGGAGUUUUUCAGUGUUCUAAAUGACCUAGAUGACCAGCUGGCCCAGGAACAAGCCCAAGAGCCAUUGGACAGGACAGUUUCUACUAGCAGUGCAUCUACUGUCCAAUACAGUAGUGCAUUCCCUACUUCAAAGAGGCAGACUGCUAGUAGAGGCCAACACAGAAAUGACUGGAGUGACAUGCCUAGCACAUUUUUCCCAGAUGGACUGAGAACAAUAAGAGCCAAAGAUGAACACAAGGUUUUCAUCAGACCAAGGAAAUUACACAGUGCAUAUAUAAACUGGCACCAGACAGCCUUUCAAGAAGAUUACAAAUAUGGCGAUCCAGUUGAUGGAAAUGCUCAUCUGCUAAGCAGCAGGCUCUCUUCCGUUUCAUUCGGACGGUCUUCAGAAGGUAGCUUAUAUCCUCCUUCCAUAACACACAACAGUGGAUUUAGGCGCAAGAAUUGUAUGAACCGGGAUACAGCUGGCAGAAGUUACUCUGUGUGUUCCCUUCGGAGAUGUCCAUCAUCAGUAUCUUCUGACCAGCUAUCAGCAUCUAGUUUACAACAUCCGUUGGCAAGGGAGAGCAACAAUGGUUUUGUACCAAGGUUUGGUCGGCAGAACCCAAAGAGAAUUCCUCUGUCUUCUAUUGUAUGGAACAACACACCAGACUCUCCUGGACAAACAUCAACUCAAGAAAAAAUGUUUAGAACCCAAUCACUGAUGGAGUUUCAUGCUACAGACCGUGGUAGAUAUCCUAGCUCUUUGCAAGAAACCAAGAAACAUGCAUGUUACCACUCAAAACACCACUACAGAAGAUCUAUUUCAAGCAGUAACUGCUUUAGUAGAGUUAGUUGCCCUGACAAAGCUACUUCUUCUUUGCCCUUUGAUAACUGGGAAAAUUAUCCAUUAUGCAAAUCGGAAAAUAAUCUCUCUAGAUCCUACUGUAGAGAUACUUCUCAUGGCAAGUUGUAUGCAAACCAAAAAAAUUCUUCAUAUGGAAGAAAAGACAGCUGUCCUUCUUGGGCUGAUAUUGCUCAGUACUACAGUGAUGAAAUGUUUAUUUCCCCUAACACCAGCUUUGAAGUGAUUAUGGCUAAUUUAAAUGACCAGCAGUGGGCGCAUACAAAGAAUGCCAAGUUUGGCUCACAGCGCCUGCAGAACGAUUUUCACGUGUAUUCUCCAGAAAAUACGAGUGUCAAAGGGAUAACGAGAGGUGCAAAUAGAACUUUUUCAGAAUGCACCAAGGGCUGUCAGCCUCGGCUAAGUUGUAACUCUUCAGUUUCUUCACCUAGUAUCAGAACUGACGAUUCAGUCUUUCCUAAUUUGAAGGACCAAACAAAACCUAUAGGACUGAACAGGAAUUCAGUUGUCGUUACCCAAAGAAGUACUAAGGCAGACUUCACACAACUAGAAGAGGUUGAAGGUAUGAAGCUGCCAGAUGAAGACAUGCCGUUAGAGCUGGUUUCUCAACAAGCAGAUACAAACUACAUCAACAUUCAGAGUUUUCCCUCUAACAGCCCUGCUUCUGCCAUGUUGCAAAGCAAUGCAUCUCUCUUUAACACAAUGAGAUCGAAGAGACAAACCCAAGUCACUGCCAGAGGAGAUAUUGCACAAUUGUAUACAUCAAAUGGUGAUAAAAGAAAUGCACAAAUGAAGGAAAACAAUUGCCCACCCAACAGUGUGUUCAGUCCACCUCUCUGUAUUUUGCCAGCUGAUAGGAGCAGGAAGAAACCUUUUCUUCCAAGUCAGAAAGAAUGGGAACAUAAUCUGCAUUAUGCAGCAAAAAGAGAGCGCAUCAAACAGGAUAAUCUGAGUGCAGAAGCCAUUAACCAAGCUACUCCACAGAGACAGUCCUCAUGGCUGAAUGUUGCUUCUGCUCCAUCCACUGAAAAAUUAGCAAACGGUCAAGGCAUGUUGUCCUGUCCAUCUAGCUCCUCACAAAGCUCUCCACAAGCACUUUCUCAUAAAGACAAUUCUGAAUGUUUAGGAACACUAACUAGCUCUUCAGUAAAUUGCACAGUUACUGAAUCUCAAGCAGAAGGUGGAAAAACAGCUCAAGUGAGCAGAAUAGGUGUUACCCAAAAGAUUUCACAGAAAACACUGCAAAAUAUAAGCACUUUAGUUACUAAGGACUGUAAUGGACAAUUCACUACUAGUUCUCCACAAAAUGGAAAUUCUGGAAAUAUUUCUAUGCAUAGCUGUGAUGGAGACCCCAGUACCUCUGAACAUAGUUUAAGUUAUUUUUGCCUUGAAAAAGAAAGUGGAAAAAUAAGGAGUAAUUCACCUUGUAUUGAAAGGCUUCACAAGCAAGACAGCUUGCUAAGACACACCAGUAGCUGCAGCAUUACUGGCUCCUCUAGCAGAAACAGCCUCAAAUCUCCUGAUCCACUUGUUAUUUAUUACACUUUGCCUAGAAAAUCAGCUAGCAUCGCUGGUAGUAUUAUAUCAGAUACGCCCAUCUCUUUACCUAGAGAAAGUAGAACAACAUACGAUUGUUUAAGGUCUGAAACUCCACAUGGAGCUGAUGCCUUUUGUUCUAAUCAAAGAGAUGUGUCUUAUUUAGACUCAGAACAUUCCUUUUUAACAUCAGCAUCAUUAAAUGCUGCUACAAGUAACAAACAAAAAGAUUACCCCAGUCCUUUAACCAAAAGUCCUAAUGAUUCAGUAAGUAGUAGUACACCAGUUGAACUGACAGAUAGGUAUAAACAUCUAAGCAGAAGAGAAUCCUCUGUGUUUUCAGAUGGAAAGGAGAGGGGAAAUUUUUUGCAGAAAUAUAAAACUACAAGCACAUUUACAGUUUGCGUGGAUGAAGAUCAUGUCAAGUAUCAUGAACUAGUUUCAGUUUACUACACGUUACCACGGAGGCAUUCAAGAACAUUUUGUAACCUCUUUAGAGAUAAUCCAGAGGAUGCAGAUUUACCUUGUCCCAAAGACAAUGCUCAAUCACCAAGAAUACGAAACAAGAAAAAUGAAGGUCAUGUGAGUUCAGCAAAUCUUUUUUUCCCUAGUACUUUGGAAAAAGAGGUGCCUUCAUAUUCCUCUGACCAACUAUCUUCAGCUGUGGUCACACCUCAGCACUUAGGAACUGCUGUUGGUAGUGAGGAAGAGAAUUCCCACUUACCUCCUAGCUCUAACAAGAUACGUACUUCAAAGUCGAUGAAUAUGGUACGUAACAGGAAAGAUAGUUCAGCUGAUCUUUCAUUAGCAGAAAAUGUGCUUUCUGACACGGUGACAAAAGAAAUUUCUUUUGCUGGUCCUCCACAAUCCACUGUGAUAGUGGCCAAGUCAGGUAAGGCCAUUUCAGAUGCUUCAAGCAGCCAAAAUACAGAAAUAUGUCUAAGAGAAAAGAAGGAAAUUUUACAAACAGCCACACCACUAAUGCCCACUUCAUCAACCCCUCCCAAGCCAGGCAGACGUUUAGAGAAUCCUUUGUAUUCUACUUCAACAAAUAAAAACAUUGUACAGAAGGGAAACUCUGAAAACCGCUGUGAGCCCCCUAAAGUGAGCACCAAUAAAAAUCUGAACAGUUUACUGUAUAAUAAUAAAUGUAGUGGACUGCAGUUAAGGGCUGACAGUUCAAGAAAAAAUGCAAAUAAUUUAAACUCUCGUAGCAAAGUGCUUUCAGAGUCUCAGAACCUUUGUUCGGAGGUAAGCACAGCUUCCAGGGCUGAUCCAUCACUUCAGCUAGACAAAGCCGAAGUUCGAAAAUUAAAUUCAAGAAUUAAAAAAGAGCAAAACUUACAGAGUACUCAGAUGGGUAAAGAUUAUAGUGGUUUGCAGGAAUCAGAGAGGCACAGUGAAGGCAGCCUGAACAUUGACUGUAGAGAUAAAGUCCUCAGGGUUACACAAGAUCAGAAGAUAACACAGAGUGCAGAAGAUGAGAACAAGCUUCUCUCUGACUGCACAAGAGACAAAGUCAAAGAUAUAGAAAAAAGGAAAAAUAGACCUUCAAUUAAAAAUAAACUGGCAGCUGUUUACAAAACAAGUAGAAAAUUUUCAAGUAAAAAUUUACCCCCCAAACCGCACAUAAGUAACAUUUUUUCACAGAACGAUGGAAGUGCCACUUCUUUAGAGGUCAACAUGUCCCUUGACUCACUGAUUUCAAUGGAUUCCCGUCAGCCAUUCCUGCAGUUGGACAACAAAAAUCAGAAUCACAGUCUGGACCCUGAUAAGAAUACGCCAAGAACAAGAACAGUGGAGAAUAAGAUGACUGAAAAUCAGAAUGAUCCUUCUUUGCUUGUUAAUAACACCAACUGGAGGUCUUUUCCAAGCUCAUACACCCAGCAGGAACCCAUCAGUCCCAAGAAAACUACAGUGAAGGUGGAAAAUAGGCCAAGUCUUACAACGUUAUUUCCAGAUAAAGCAGUAACCACAAGAAAUAAGAAUUCCCAAAUGCUUGAUCUGAGGUUAGAAGGCACAAGCCAGCCCAUCUCUCCAAGUGCUACUAUGUCAGACCCACUGGAUGAUGAGAAAAGAAGAGCUAGCAGUCGUGCCUGCAAUCCUCCCUUGCUGCUUUUAACUGACAAGAACUCAAACACAUAUGUAAAUAGCUGCUUGCAGGCAGACAUAUGUCCAGAGCAAAACUUGACUUCCCAGACAGCGCUUGGUCAGUGUCAAAAUACCUCUCAGUCUCCUAGGUUAAAAAAUGCUAACUUGCAUAGCUAUCAGUUGCGUAAGAGUCAUGCCAAAAGUCAGCGUGAGCGUCACCUUUCUGAAAGUAUUUGUGCUCAAGAUUCCCAGGAGACCUUUUCCUUGGGAAGCAAUAUUCUACCAAAAUAUGGUAUACAUGGGAAGAGAUUUAAAUCUUACUCAGAGCUGUUGUCUUGUGAUGAAAAUGAAAACUGGGCAUCAGAGGAUGAAAAAUGUUACAGCACUAGAAAUUUGAUGUAUCCUUCUGUUGAAUUUGGCAUUUUUGGCAAAGAACAACAGUUGGCUUUCCUGGAAAAUAUCAAGAGGUCACUUACAGAAGGGCGAUUAUGGAGACCUUGUCUUCUUAAUAACCCUGGUGCCCUCAGAGAUGGCGAGGCCCUUGCUAUAAACAGGGCUGAGCUUUUGAGCUCAAGUUCUGCUGGGAGCAAAAUGUCAUCAGCUGCUUCAUCCCCCCGAGAGCUGACUGAUAUCUAUCGGGAAGACCCAGCAGCCUAUUCAGACUCAGACAGUGAUACCACCACUGAUGACGAAUACUACCUAGAUGAGAUAGAUAAGGAAUCAGAGCUAUGA